UCCAUCAAAAUGAAGGGUAUUUGUCUUUUCCAAAGAGGGACUCUAACGUACACGUAUGGUCUUCUUCUCCUUUUUCAACACAAUUCCCCACCCCUGUGAAUGAAGAAGACGACACUGUUCUAAUCGCAACUCCGCUUUCAUGUAUUCAAAUGAAGCUUCCAUACAUUUUACUGAUUUAAGAAAGAGAGUCUUCGUCUGCUCAUAGUAUCCGAUACCAACCCAACUUUGUCUUCUUCACAUCGAUCUCUUCCAGGUCCCGGCAAAUGGAAUCAUCGCCUUCGCUGAGCCGACUCCGAGCCUCCGCCAACUCGUUCCUGGCUCAGUACGAGCCGCUCGUUCUGCUUCUUGUUCCACUGGUAUCUCUCCUCGUCGCUCGGAUUCUCCGAUCCUUCCUCGAUUCUGUCCAUGAACGAGGCCUCAAACCUUCCAUUGUCGGCUUCACCAUGACCUUAGUCAAGAUGGUGCCGGGUGUGAAGAAGUUGAUCGAUUCAGAGAAACAAAAGGCUGUAGAAAAGAUGCAAGCUUCUGGUAAAUCUAGAGAUGGAUGGAGAGAUUAUUUGCCAACAGCAGGUUUAGGAGAUGGUGUCAUCAAAACAAUGAGAGAUGUGAAAGAAAAAGACGUGAUCUGGCAGGGCAAAUGUUCUGGUACAGUAUAUAUUGCAGGAAGUGAGAAUGAAGGGCACUUUUCUUUAAUAAACGAAGCAUGUUCUAUGUUUGCACAUACCAACCCACUACACAUGGAUAUAUUCCCAAGUGUUGUAAGAUUUGAGGCUGAAGUUGUUGCUAUGACGGCUGCACUCUUUGGAAGCAAGGAAGAAGCUUCUGGAGGACAAAUAUGCGGGAACAUGACAUCAGGAGGGACUGAGAGUAUAUUGUUAGCAGUUAAGUCAUCACGUGAUUAUAUGAGAGCUAAAAAGGGAAUCACCAAACCAGAAAUGAUAAUCCCGGUUUCUGCUCACUCAGCAUAUGACAAAGCUGCAGAGUAUUUUAAGAUCAAGUUGUGGCGUGUUCCCGUGGAUAAAGAAUUUAGAGCAGAUGUGAAAGCUAUUAAGAAACAUAUAAACAAAAACACAAUAAUGAUUGUUGGAUCAGCACCUGGCUUCCCACAUGGAGUAAUUGAUCCAAUUGAGGAUUUGGGCGAAUUAGCUUCUAGUUUCAAAAUUUGUUGCCAUGUUGACCUCUGUCUUGGUGGAUUUGUUUUGCCUUUUGCUCGUAAACUCGGGUACCCGGUUCCACCAAUUGAUUUCACUGUUCAAGGAGUAACCUCAAUAUCUGUAGAUGUACACAAGUAUGGAUUGGCUCCAAAGGGAACAAGUGUUGUUUUAUACCGAAAUCACGACAUUCGGAAGGUAAUUCUUAUUUCCAUUUUAGCCACUAACUUCCAUACUGUAUUUUGCAUAUCAGUGUAUUACUGAAAUGCUUAUUUUUAUCUUUA